AUGUUCCUAAAACCGUCCUUCGCCACAGCGAUCCUCUUGUUGGCCCUGAUCCAAUCCUUCGCUCUGGCCAGCGAACCCAAGAAGCAGCUCCAAAUCGGCGUCAAAUACAAACCGGACAAAUGCGAUAUUAAAACACAAAACGGGGACCACCUAUCGAUGCACUAUACAGGAACAUUGGAGAGUGGCGAAAAAUUUGACUCGUCGCGUGAUCGAGAUCAACCAUUUGAAUUUACCCUUGGCAAGAAGCAGGUGAUCGCAGGAUGGGAUCAAGGCCUACUAGACAUGUGCAUCGGCGAAAAGCGUAAACUGAUCAUCCCGCCCAACAUGGCUUAUGGAGAAUCAGGUGCUGGCGGAGUGAUCCCUGGAGGUGCCACUCUAAUUUUUGACGUUGAGCUCCUCGAUAUCACCAACAGGAAAGCUGCUCCUCAUGCAGACCUAUAG